AUGCCCAUCCCUGCUUUGCCUUCAAACCUCGACGAAGAGCGAGACGAACCACUGAAGUCGAUUGAGAUAGGCAGCGAUUCCAAUGAGCUGACUCAGCUGCAACAGCGCCUGGAAGCGGAGCUGGAGAAGCUCGCGGUGCGGCUGAGAACAGUGGAGGAACGCUUAGGUGUUGAGCCAGAGAAGCCGACGUCCGAGAUGGCGGAGGAUCAGCUUACCCCCGUGCCCGUUGAGGAGAGCGCUUGGAGUAUCCCUUUGGUGAUCGGGCUUGACAACACCGGAUGGCUGGAUACCUUGGCGGCAGUGGUGCUGGUGAUGGUGAACUUGGGGAUGCAGUUGGCCUUUUCAGGCAUCUUGCUCUCGGAGGAGUUUAUGGGGGAUGCCUUCGAAAGCCACCUCGAGUUUGCCAAGAUUUGGCGCACUAGUGUGGCCCAUGACUAUAGCUUCCUGGAUUUGGCGGGGGCCAGCCUGGUGACGCGCGUUUGCGAUCUGGAUGGUGCGCUGAUCUAUUCUCAGAAGCAGUCGACUCUGGUGGAAGAGAUCAACGCCUUCUUGGGCCUCGGCAAGGAUGAACUAAGACUGCCGAUCCUGCAGGUGGGCACGCUGCUGUGCAUGCUCUGCAUUUUGCUGUGGUGCCUCUGCGUGUACAAGGAGCUGCGACGCAUUUGGCUGGCCUUCGAGGCCACCCUGCAGAUCCCAAGAGCCAAGAAGAGCAGGAUGCAGAAUCACUGCUUUCACGCCCUGUCUGGCUGCCGCUUUGGCAUGCUCUUGAUGACUUACAUCGCUCGCACAGCCAUUGCUUCCGUGCUGCUGGUUGCUGGAAUUUUGUGGCUGGCCAGAACGACAUCCAUUACAGAACUCAUGUUAAAUGCAGUGGCAUUGAACGCCAUUUUGGAUGUUGAUGAGUUCCUGUUCAUUGGCAUGACGCCCAUCAAGAUUCAACAUACCAUCAAAAGCCUCGAGCCCAUCAAAGUCAAUUACAGCCACCGUCGCAGCCAACGUGAGACAGCGGUGCAUUUUACGUUGAUUACGAUAACCGUGCUGUUGUCCUACAGUUUUUUGGUUGUCCCUCUGACCAACAACAUGUUGGCCGUGAAGACAGAACUGUGUGGCGGUAACCGGACCUUUGUGGUUGCCUACAACCCAGAAACCCAGACCACCUUUGGACUUGUCACGGCGCAAUCGCGUGGACUCGAAAGCAAUUUGUCGGCAUCGGAGAUGGCUGUGAAGUCGCAUAUCGGAACAACACCUGAGAUGGUACCUGGACCCAUCCCGGACUACAUCUUCUUCUCACAUAGCCGCAAGGUCUUUGAUUUGGACCGUACACGAUCCAUGGCGGAGGAAGCUUCACUGUAUCCCGUGUGCAUGGAGAAAGACAUCAUGCAGGAGACAGGUACCUUGCAUGGAGAUCCCACCAUGACUCCAUUGGUGCAGACCCUGCUGCGGAAUGCGGGGCUGGUCUUUGGCAGGCAAAUGGCUGCCAGUUGUCAGGAGCUUGUAGAGUUUUGUGACUUGCCUGAAGCCCAGUUGUUGCGGCUGGUGUGCGGUGACACUUGUGGAUGCACGAGUCCACUUUCUUCGCCUUGGCACAAGACUAAAGAUCAGGGCUUCAGCGUGUCCUGCCUACUGGAAGCAAACUGGCGGAAGAAGGACGUGAGUUGCGAGGAUGAUGAAAGCAGAGGUUGGGCCGAUUUCUGGCACAACUAUGCUCCGGCGGUAUCCUUCUUCUAUGGACGUGCUCGAGCUGAUGCUUUCCCAGGGCUGCUCACUACUUCAUAA